GUAGCAACGGCGGCGGCGGCGGCGGCGGCCGGGAGGGCGCAGGUAUUUGGGACGCGGAUGCCCUUCGCGCCGGCUGUCGAGUGGGCAGCGUGGGAGCUCUCCCGGGCGCCCGGGGCCAGGGGGCCGCGUCGCGAGGCGCGGCGUCCGACACCUUCUGCCGCUUCGCCCAGCGCCGCUGCUUCGGCUUCCCGGCGAGGCGGGAGACCUUCCUCCCUGUUGGCAGACUUCCGAAGAGACCCCUAUUUUUCCACCACCGAGGUCGAGAGAUUCUGGAAUCGGAGGAGGUGAAGGGAACCUUCCACAACGCCUCGGAUCUGGCCAGGUUCCCCGUGGGGGCGGGAGACCACAUCGGAGCAUCUCACUGAGGUGCAGGCAAUGGAAGCACCCACCUUGCAUCCUUUCUGCAGUGCUGCCUGCCUGACCCACCCUUAGGCAUGAAGAGUAGCCUGGUGGUAAUAACCCGAUGAGGUCCUGAAAGCCAAAUGGCAAAGAAGACAGCACCGGACAGAAACUAGUGAUCGUUUUGGGGGGGGGAGGGGGGCACACGUUUCUGAAUGUAAUUGAACGAGCGUGAAAGAGGUGCCCUAUUAAAAAAGCACAAGCCUUUACGAGGAGAAAAAUUGCAUUUCCCCAUGUUGGCCAAGAUUUUGAAGACUGUUCAAUGUAUUGUACGUUUGAUAUAAGAUGAGAACUUUAUAAAAUAUUGUGUCCAAGAGCGUAAACAAUGACUACCCCAGCCCUGCUGCCGCUGUCUGGACGAAGGAUACCACCUCUGAACUUGGGGCCACCUUCUUUCCCACACCACAGGGCAACCUUGAGACUUUCCGAGAAGUUUAUCCUCCUCCUCAUUCUAAGUGCCUUCAUCACCCUGUGUUUUGGGGCAUUCUUCUUCCUUCCAGACUCUUCAAAACACAAACGCUUUGAUCUGGGUUUGGAAGAUGUGUUAAUUCCUCAUGUAGAUGCCAGCAAAGGGGCUAAAAAUCCCGGAGUCUUCCUGAUUCAUGGACCGGAUGAACAUAGACACAGGGAAGAAGAGGAACGCUUGAGAAAUAAAAUUCGAGCUGAUCACGAGAAGGCCCUGGAAGAAGCAAAAGAAAAAUUAAAAAAGUCGAGAGAGGAAAUCCGAGCAGAAAUUCAGACAGAGAAAAUUAAGGUAGUCCAAGAAAUGAAAACAAAGGAGAAAAAGCCACUGCCACCAGUCCCUAUACCAAACCUUAUAGGAAUAAAUGGUGGAGAUCCAGAAGAUAAUGACAUCAAAAAGAAAAGGGAAAAAAUUAAAGAGAUGAUGAAACAUGCUUGGGAUAAUUAUAGGAUAUAUGGAUGGGGACAUAAUGAACUCAGACCUAUUGCAAAGAAAGGACACUCCACUAAUAUAUUUGGAAGUUCACAAAUGGGUGCUACCAUAGUAGAUGCUUUGGAUACCCUUUAUAUCAUGGGACUUCAUGAUGAAUUCCGAGAUGGGCAAAAAUGGAUUAAAGACAACCUUGAUUUCAGUGUGAAUUCAGAGGUGUCUGUGUUUGAAGUCAACAUUCGAUUUAUUGGAGGCCUCCUCGCAGCAUAUUACCUUUCAGGAGAGGAGGUGAGCAAAAUCAAGUAA